AUGAAAUGUGGCAUAAAAUUCCUUGCCUUAAAAUUUCUGUGCGUGUCCAUGUUGCCUUUCUCUGUCAAGUUGGAAGAAUUUUGUGAAACUGGAGAAGUCAUUUACAGACAGCAACCGUUUCGUUUGCUUUGUACAGGUGAGAAUUUAAGAUCUAGCCAAACUAGAAAAAUAAAUUUCCAGCCUAUGUUUCUCGAAGGUUGACAAACCAGUUUCCUAGAAAUGUUUCCAGUACACGCGUAAAAACGCACAAGUUGUAACAAACCUGCAGCAGAUCUGACUUGUAGCAAUGCUGUUCCAACAACUUGUCAACAGGAUGUUUUCGCCAACGGCUUGUUGACAACUUGCUACAAGGUUUUCGAACUCGACAGACCUGUUACAAGUUAUUCCAACAACUUGUCAUCGUCCUGCAAUUCAACAAUUUGUCAACAAGUUGUGCGUGACAACCUUGUAGCAACUUGAUAAAAUAACAGCAUUUGUUACAACUUGUUGCGAACACAUCUUGUUGAGAAGUUGUGAGAUAUUUACGUGUGAAUGUGGACAAACCAGGAAACACUGUUUCCCAGCCUUGCAUUCCGCUGCUGGGCCAGCCAGAGCGCCAUACUGAACUAUUUUCUCCAAUAUUUAGAUGUAUGCCGCUUAAUCAUGAGCCUCGACUUUCUAGACGAGUGUGCUCAUUAUUGUUUAAAAGAUGUAUUUUGUGCUGGAUACAACUUCAAGGCAAAACAAAACAAGAAGCCAAAUUGCCAGUUAACUCACAAGCUUGAUCACGAAUUUCAUUCGUGCGACGAAGAAGACAAAGGCUGGAGUUUUUUUCAUGGCGUUGGACCACGAAAG